CCAAAUUUUUAGGAUCGCCAGAGCAGCAAGGUUUUUAGAGCUGCGAACGGAUCUUUCCUUAGUGGUCGUACAAGUGUAAGGCACUUCUUUGCAGGUUGCCAGGUGGGAACUACUGAGUGACAGCUGUGGGGGAGUGCAAGACUUGCCGUUUUCAGCCACAAGCCGCCUCACGUAGAUGAGAGGGCAAGAGGAUGGCUCAGGCUCCCCAGCAAGAGCGGCAGUAAAGUGUGAAGGAAGGAGAGCGGCGGGGAUCGCGGCGGGAGUGGACUCGGAGAAAGCGAUCGGCUCAGCGGAGGGUUGUGGGUCCCCUCCCUCACCUCAUCGCCCUCCCACCCCCAACUGGAAUUUGACCAAGCCACGGCAAUAGCAACUUCAUUCAGAAAGCAGCUGAAGGGACGCCGCCUGCCUUAAAAACGCCCAUGGAGACAACUACUGUGCUUCACCCCGGAGACUGUAAACCCCCCAGCGGGCGAAGAAUGAAGGCCCGUGCACCCCCGCCACCAAACCUACCUCCUACUGCUUGUAAAGUUAAUAAUGAACACAAAUCGACCACUGACCUAGGAAUGCUGCCUGAUCAGUGUGUGAUAAAUAUGAAGGAAAAUCUGGUUAACAGGACAGUGGACUUUACAGUAGUUCUUCCAGAUGGAGAAGAACAGAACAAUAUUAUGCAGGGGAGUAAAGCUGUAAUGGACGUUUUAGUUGAUUUGUGCAGCCGAUACCACUUAAAUCCAGCCCACCACACUCUUGAGCUGCUGUCUUGGGGAACCCAACAGCCUUUGAGUUAUAAGCCAAAUACUUUGAUAGGAGCACUGGAUAUACAGAAGAUAGUUCUGAAGGAGAAGAUUCCUGAAGGAAAGACAAAGCGGCCUCCACCCAAGGUUCCUGAGAAAACCACGAGGCUGGUAGUAAAUUACCUCAAGACACAAAAAGCAGUGGUUCGAGUGAGCCCUGAGGUGCCUCUCCAGAAUAUAAUCCCAGCCAUUUGUGAAAAAUGUGAGGUCAGCGAGGAACACCUAGUCCUUUUAAAAGAUACCAUCACUGGGGAGGAGCUGGAACUUACAAAGUCACUGAAUGAACUGGGGAUAAAGGAGCUCUAUGCAUGGGACAGGAAAAGAGUUAUUCCAUCAAAAGCUCAUUCUGAACCUUCUCUGAACUACAGAGAGACAAGAAAUUCUCCGACUACCUGUGACACAUCAGAAAAAGAAAAGAAACGGUUUCUGGGAUUUUUCAAGACUAAUAAAAGACACAGUAAGGUAAAUGCAGAAGAGUGCUUGAUGAGGAUGGAUAGGGAUUAUGGCAGCGAAGAGCCUUUAAAAUCUACAAGUGAACAGAGCCUUGAUGGAGUUAUGACAGCUCCAAGUUCUCCUUCAGUGAAUUCACGUUCCACUACACUGGGUCCAUCGCUAUCUCUUGGGAACAUCUCAGGAAUGACUGCAAGCACCGAAAUCAAAAAGCGGAGAGCACCUCCCCCGCCAAUAGCAAUUCCUCAGUUGCAGAGUGAGGAGACAAAUGGACAAGAAAAAACACUGACUCAGAUGUCCCAAAGCUCAUCACAAAAUGAGUUACAGAAGAAAAAGAGGCGUGCCCCUCCUCCACCUCCACCAACUCCUGCAAUGCCAAACAGGACAGAAGAAAUGGAAGACAAGAGGAAAAGCACAGUUGGUAAUGGACGGCAUGUGCCACAAAAGCCUCCUAGAGGCAAUACACGUGGUCCACCCCAGUUAGUGAUUCCCCCACCCCCACCAUACCCUCCUCCUGACAGAGAUACUAUGGACUCAACUGUAUUGUACAGUGAAGCAGAUGUUACAGACCCAACCAAGCUGGUACCCAAACGCAAUCUGCAACUCUCACAUGAUAUUUAUAGCAUAGAUGAUGAUGUUCUGGAACUGUCAGAAAUAGAGGAGACCACCUCUGUUAACAGCUGCUUUGCCUCAGAGGACACCACUGAAGAUUCAGGUGUUAUGAGUUCUCCCUCAGAUGUUGUUUCACUGGAUUCUCAAAAUGACAGUGUGAAGUCAAGAGACAAGAUCAUCAGUGCCCAGGACACUUUGGCUGAGAUGGAGUCCACAUUUGUUGCAGAGUCAUGCUUUGUAAAGAAUUCUUCCUUCAUUGAUGACAAGUCUGGGAAUAUUCUCCAAAGCAGAGAUGAUGAUGAAAUGAUGGAUGCUAAGUUUGAGAAUGCGGAUGUGUUCAUUGAUGCUCAUCUGCAGCAGACCCUGGCUGAACUGGACAAAGACCUAGCAGCCAUGGAAAGUAUGCACGAUGAUUCUGAAAGCAGAUCUAUAUCUAGUGAGAUAAAUGAUGCAUCAAUUCCUCUUCCACAAAAUGAAGUUGCCCAAAAUAUUCCACUUGCUGUGCCAGUGACAAUCAUAGAUGAAGUUCCAGAGGCUGAUAUUGCUAUCCACUCCUCUACUGAAGAAGAAAACACUUUGUCUUCCGAGGCACAGGCUGAUGAAGAUAUCCCAGUAGAUACCAUUAGCCUGGAGAAGCUAACCAAUGAAAAUAAUAAUGCAGGAUCUUUCAGUAAGGGAUAUAUGGAUGAUGGAUCUUCCUCUUUAUCCAAGAGCUUAUUACAACAGCAGUCAUCUAAAGAAGAACUCAGACAUCAAACUGAAGAGCAGAAAUAUGAGUUUGAGCUACCAACACCCCCAUGUGAAAAAAUAAACAAGAUCAACACAGCCCUGGAAAUACUCGCUAAACAUGGAGUUGAUUCUGAGGAAUCCAAAGCCAAAGUGAUUGCUUCUACUGUCAAACUUACAAAUGAAGUUAAUGAAACAGAGGAGAUAAUAAAGUCAUUGAAUCAUCAGAAUACCAAGGAGGGGCUUCCAAGCAAAAUUAAAACUGAAUCCAAAUUCAGGCACACAUCAGCAAAAGCCCCUGGUGACAAGCAAGAGAUCCCAUCACCGUCCUUGUGGUGUCAUCGUGUUCACAGUGCAGUAACAAGCUAUGAACCUAAAAUAGGCCUGACAACCUUUAAAGUUGUUCCUCCCAAGCCUGGAGUAAAAUGUUUUGACAGAGGUGCAUCCCUCUCCACUGGUGCCAUUAAAAUAGAUGAGUUAGGUAACUUGGUGACUCCAAAUGCUGGUGGUUUUAAAAAGGUCACCGUAAACAUGGCUUCUUGUGAAACAGAAGAAACUCUCAUUGGGAAAGCCAAAGCAUACUGGAGGUCAAAUUCUAUGGAAAAACAAUCGGAGGUGUCCCCAGUAGGCCGUUCUAACAAGCCAGUGGUUGUCUCCAGUUCCAAACCCUUCAGUGAAGCAGCUGAAACGAAGCCUGACUGCCUUACAAAUCUGAAAGCAGCAACUUCACCAUUAGUUGCUUCCAAAGCACUUGAAACUCAUUUGGGGCCUGAAAAAAUAAAGCCACUUCGUCACGUCACAGAGUCUUCCCUGAAAACACAAACAGCUGCAAUGAGCAACCAGGAUAAGCUGGAGCUCCCCUUUCAGAAACCCCAAAGAAAAACAUCAAGCCAUUAUGUAGCCUCCGCCAUUGCAAAACGCAUCGCUCCACCCCAACUUAAAACCAAUCUAGAAAUGCAUGACAAAGGAGAAGAGAAUAGUAAUGAAAAGGAAGUUAACCCGGAAACAGAACUACUGCUCAGAAGAUGUAUUAUCGUGGCCAAAUACUGCCCAGUGGAGAAACAGCCGGCAAGAACAAAAGAGCCUUAUUCAAGUAUCUUCAGCUGCAGUAAAAAUUCAUCCAAUACACUACCGCUUGGUGCUCAUUCCAGGAUGACAAAUAACUCUGCCAACAUCAAACCACUGAAUACGACCAACCCUUCUAAUUGCUACAGGAGGAGCAUCAGUGAGCCAUUUACCACAACCUCUUCUAAAGAUAGUGGUAUCACAGAAAAGAAGCCCAGCUGGGGCGCCAUACAAAAUACAAUUGUUAGAGAGACAUCAUCUUUAUUGAAUCCCAAUGGGAAACAGACUGACCAGCCUAGUUCUACCUUCUUCCUUGGACCAUCUAAUGCUCACUUAUACUCCACCACUUCCAAGUCAGUCAGGGGACCUUCUGUCAGCACUGGAUCACUGGAAUUAAAUGGUGCACCUAACUACACAGUUUCAGAAAAAGAAGAGCUACUUAGCAAUUCAUCUGCAAGAAUCAAACAAGAGCCUAAUGUCAGAGAUGAGAACAUCUACAAUGUUUUUGGGCCAAAGAAGAAGUUUAAACCUGUCAUCCAAAAGCCACUUCCAAAAGACACAUCGCUACAUAGUGCUUUAAUGGAAGCUAUCCAGACUUCAGGAGGGAGAGAGAGGCUUCGAAAGAUUUCAGACAACACAGUAAAUGGAACUCAGAAGAAUCCAUUGUUCACAGAGCCAGAGAAUGAGCGCUCUGCCCUCCUGGCAGCUAUUAGAGGUCACAGUGGAACCUCACGAUUGAGAAAGAUCUCCUCAUCUGCUUCUGAAGAGCUGCAGGGUUUCCGAAAUGCAGAAGUAGCCUUGCAAAGCAGAGAACCCUCUCAAACAGAGCAUUUGUGUAAUCUGCUGCCACCGCCACCACCACCACCGCCACCUCCUACUCAGUUGACAAUGAAAAUUCGUAGGUCCUUUGCAAAUAGUGUAACAGACAACCCAGGGGAUGCAAGAGAAGCCCUAAUGGAGGCGAUCCGUUCAGGCACUGGGGCAGCACGUUUAAGAAAGGUCCCCCUGCUUGUUUGAACACAAGAUGCUCGCAGUUAUCCAUUCCUUACAUAAUUUCACAUGCAUCCUUCACUGAGUUAUGGAUACCCAUGACAAAGAAUUCCAAGAAGUAUAUAUUUAUCUUUGUUUACAGGCCAAAAUAAGUUGUAUUGUCUGAGUGUUCCUUUUUAUGUUUUAAUUGGUUCAUAGGUUGCUACACUGUGCCAAGAAUUCGGAGGCUGCCUCCAAACAGUUAACCCAUUGCCAAUAAAACUAUCCUUACUGGCCGGUAAAUAAGCUUAUGGACACUUUUAAAUCCUGCAUUAACACUUAAGUGUGUUUGUGGGCAAACACAAGCACUUUUUGCUUUGCAUACCACAACAUUAUUUUGUUCACAAGCAGUUUAAAAUAUGCAGCUGUUCAUUUUGUUGACUCUUAAUUGUUUUCCAAAAGCAGAAGGACAGACUAUAGAUCUAUAAUUUAAAAAGGUCAGGAAAGAAAAAGGUCAUGGUAGAUACUUAAUGGUUUAAACUGCCAUAUGCUGUGGUCCCCACUUUUUAUAAUCAAGCAUGUUUUAUUAUCUCUAACAUUCCAGUUAAAGAAAUGAUAACGAAACAUCCACAGGCAGUGGGGGCGUAUCCAUUUGAGAGGCUGUUCAAAUAUACUGGUAUAUAUCUAUAUACCAGUAUACUAAACCCCCAGGAAAACUGAUAGUAGUCCAUAUCUGUUUUGGACAUAGUUCACUAAAAACAUUGCCCUGCACAAACCCUAUUGAAAUGAAUCUGCACAACAUCAGAGUAGCGAUUCUCUGCAGCUCCCAUCCAUUUUAGUGGGGCUUGCAAAGGAGGAGAACUUCCAAAUGGGUUGUGCUGUAAGUCAGAAAUCUAACUAAAAGUGCUCUGUAUAUUGUCUCCUGGGGACUGCUGGCUGUAAGGUUUCCCAAACUGCUGCUAGUGGGUCAGGAUUCCAGCCCUUUCAGUGGGCUCACAAUCCCCCACAUUUUGGGACUGGGCCCACUGCUCAUGGGUCAAGCCCUAAACCUGUUUAAAUGGCAUAAUCUUGUUUUUAAUAUCUAAACUAUUUAGUAGAUGAUGUACAUAUUUUUAAAAUGUUUUGUUAAAAGGAAAUUAACUUAAACAGUUAGGAUAGUAAUAGUUUUCCACAUGUAUUGUAUGUUGCUGGAGAGCUGUUGAUUGCACCUUUGUGUGUGUGUGCGCGCGCGUGCACACACACACAAACGCACACACCUCUUAGUUUAAUAAUCAUUCUGGCCCUGGGCACAGUCCAGAGGGACUGUCAGUGCUUUAGUGCUAGGGGUUUUUAAGAUACUGUGUAAUAUCACUAACCGUAUAAUGCAUACUCUUAGCCAGUAGCCACCUUCAACUGUAUAUUACAUACUGUAAAAUACUAAUUUAAUUUAGUGCCACAAAUAAAACUAAUGCAAGAUUUACAUGUCAUCUUUGUUUCACCUGUGCACAAAUGAGGCUGGUGAGAAUCUAUAGGGGUUUCCCCCUUCCAAAGUUGAAGGCUGUGUAUGAGGGGAAGCGUUGUUUGUGUUCAUUCAUCCCACUGCCGUGUCUGUAAAAAGGUUUUGCAGGUUUUCAUAGUGUUUAGAAAACCUGUUUGAACACAGAUGACCUGGGGGACAAAAGCAAGAAGCGCAUGCAUUCCAUAGAGCACCUUCACUUCUCCUGAAGAACUCUCUCCAGCAGAGAGAGAAUAAGUGGGGGUGGGACAAUGUUGUCUUAGUUUCAGAACGUCUGGAAAUUAUUUCUGUGUUUGAUCCAGAAUGAAUGAAUGAGUGUUUGUGUGUGUGUCCCCUUUUUGUUCUAUUCAUAAAGCAUUUUUGGACUUGUAUCACUACAGUCAUCAUAGAGUUUUUUCUGCAUUCUUGAUGACAAUUUUGAUUUGGAAAAGGUGUGGAUAGUGCCUGCUGGAAACUCAGAAACAAGGGAGGGGUCUGAGGUUAACAUGGUGCCAGGAAUUUUAGGAAAACUUACCCAUGGGAGUAUUCCACACCCUCAUUGUCUUAUGUGAACUAAGUGAUCUUGUCUUCACAUGCAGCAUUUGCAUAGCAGGAACCUAUUGCCCAGGCAGGUGCAAUGUUAGAAUGCUAAAACUAUUUUCUGUUUAGAUUGUGAACCCUUUGGGGACAGAGGUCCAUCUUAUUUAUUAUUUCUCUGUGUAAACCGCCCUGAGCAAUUUUUGGAAGGGCGGUAUAGAAGUCGAAUAAAUAAAUAAAAUUGUAUACAUAGUGGCUAGAAGGAGCAGCUGUGAAGCUGGAUGCAUAGGACACUGCAUGGAUGUUUUCCUUCCAUGCCCAGCAUGGGAUCAGAUCUUAAAUCAGAUCUAAGAAACAGAGGCAACACACACACACACACACACACACACACACACACACACACACACACACACGUUCUUUGAGUAGGAGUCAAGUCAUCAUAUGGGCUGGCACUCCAAGCCUCAGCUGUCACAUUGGCUAUAUUCUUGUGUUGCCAAGAGAUGCUAAACUGGAAAUGCAAAUAUGUUUGAGGCUGAAGGAUCAAAGAGCCAUUAAAUAAGAAACUGCAGACAAGUCAAUCUUGCCAGCCACUUCCACACUGAAAUACUUGUAAAUCUCAAUAAGAAUAGAAAGGCUUAAAUCACAAGAAAACAUAGCUUAAAUUACAGCACUAUGUUUUAUGCAAAUGUUAUUAAAAUAAUGAUUUAUUUAGGGUUUUCUUUUUCCCCCUGCAUCCAAGCAAUUUAGAAGUUACACUUCAAGAAUGGGUUAACUUCUUGCUGAGAAAAGGCGAGUGAGCAAAGAACUUUCAAAGGACAAUCCAAAGGCAGCCCAGCUUGUGAUUUCACCCCUUUAAAAAACACCUACAUGGAAAAUCAAUACAAUUUCCCCCCAGCAUAGGUACUCCAAACAUACUUUAAAAAGCUAUCCUAGAAGAACCAAUGAAAUAGCCUUAGGAGUUUUUAGUAAUUAUUUGGUUAGUGACUUGUCAAGUUUGCUUUUUCUCAUGGCAAUAAUACAAAUAAUAAUAAAGUGGACAAUAAAACAAGAAAGAGCACGGACACACACACACACCCAAGCAACCGUCAGAAUGGAUAUUCAGCACCAAAAGCAAGCUUUCCCAGCUGCAUAAAACUAGUAGCUAAAAUAUAAAAGAUGUAAACUCUAUAAUAAUCUUCAGUAUAUGGACAAAAAGGAGCAAGUAAAAAAUAUCAAAAUACAAAACACUACAUAUAUAUCCAUACUGUAACACAACAGUGCCUCAAGUAUGUAUGUAUAUAGUAGCUAUAGCCUCCUGAAAUGUAGCCCAAGAACUUUCCCUUCAGUCCUUGUUUUUUAAUUUGUUUGUUUGUUUUGGGGUGGGAGAGAAAUUAUAACUGCUUUUUAAUCAUCUUCUGUAUAAAACUCUUGAAAUAUUAAACAUAGAAUUUAAUAGCA